UGGUUGUAUGCACGUGACCAUGUGAGGGCAUUUCGAGAGGGAGAGCAAACUCUCCCCACUGUUGGCCGUACCAGGGCAUUAGGAGGCUCCGCCAUCCUCAAUAUUACCCUUAUUUUGUGAGGUGUUUUUGGUCCCUUAUUAUGAUUGUAUUUGUGUUUAAAUAAAUAAAUAUGUUAGCAGUAGAUGAACAUAAAUCGGUAAGUAGUCUAGUCUUGUGUAAAAUAGCUUGAGCUUACUUAUCUUUUGGCCACGAUUUUCAAAAGGUUGUUUGAAGGCACAAGUAGCUUUGGAAGUUAUUAGUCCAAUUUUUUUUUCGCAUGAACGUAUCCUUUUCUCAUUUAAUCAGGUUACAAAUACACUUAUUUGAUGUCUACAUCUUAUCGUUACACUUCUCUGUCAAAUUUAUACAGGUCAGAGAUCUGAAUGCAGUCGAACUUCAAGAUGUUUUAAACACUAAUAUUUCUUCAACGUUUUAUCACACUAUCGAAACAAGCUAUUGGAAAGCUGCACGACUUUCCAGGGGAUGGAUUUCAAUAUUUAGUUCAUUUUUUGCAUUUAAUGAUCCAUUUGCAAAAAAUGCACAUCAAUUUCUAAUUCAAUCUAAUACAGGAUGCAACAUCCUUUUCUGCUCCGGCCAAAUACGCUCAUCAAGCGAUAUAACUCUUGCAAAACACUUUGACUCUGAGAAUAUUAGUAUUGGUCAGGUUCUACUAGAUGCAUUUUCUAAGGAAAAGAACGUAAAUGCUGUUGUUAAUUUAAUCAAUUCUUUGAUUGGUUCUUUUGUACUUAUAUUUGUUAGCGUUGAAUCACACAGGGUUUAUUUCACUCGAGAUCCAUUCGGUCGUCAUUCUCUUGUUGCCAGAAAGUUUUCAGGACUACCUAGUGAAUUAUUUUGUAUCGAUUCAGUUUCAAGUAUUGUUAUUCCAAGCCAGUCUUCUUUUCCGGAAAUUAGUUUGGAUUCCCUUGUAAGCUAAUUUAUUUAUGUAACUGCUCAACAGUGGACUUUGCUACUUUAAUGUUCUGUUUUCACUAUUAUCAUAUCUUCAAUGUUUGUAUUCAUUUUUGAGUUUAUUAUUUUCCGUCCAAUUUCCUAAAAUAAUAGAUACUUUAAGUCUAAAUCUCCAAAUGUUCAUCCAGCUUAUUAACUGAAAGCGUAGUAGAAAACCUCACAUAUUUUUGUUUAAAAGUUCCCUAAGUUGCCUUAGAGCAUUUAAAUGAAUGUGUGGAAAAAGUGAUGACAUAAUUGUAAACGAAGCCAGCUUAGAAAUGUUACAAACUGGCAGGUAGAAUCGAUGUUCUCACAUCCUAAUCAGUCCGGAUUCAUUUUUUAUGAACUUCGCAAGACGAUCUUCUUUUUUUGGAUCGCCAUAAGCUGAAUAAAUAGGCUUGCUUCUGAUUUAGUUGAUCAGCAAUUACAUAUAUUAGUCAACAGCUUUAUUUCAUUGUCCUUCAAUGGAUGAAAUCUGCAUUUAAGUAUCUAUGUGUAUUCAGAUACCAGAUUGUUUUCUACCCUUUCUUUUUUGUCAUGUGGUUAUUUUUUUAUUUUGCGAUAAAAUGAUAACUAAUUCAUACUUUUCAAUCAGUUGAAAUAAUUUUUAUUUAGGAAAAAGAUGCAAAGGAUUGGUUUGAAAUACCUGCUUGUGGAAUAUUUGUAUCGAAAAUCGUCUGUGACAAUGGGAAUGUUUUUCUCUCAGAUAUUAAUCUAUAUCCUUGGUCUGAACAACAUUUACUUCUGUGCCCUUCAAAUAUCCCAUUUAAAGUUAAUAGAGUUUUGAAUGUAAAUCAAACUCAUUGUAAUAGCCUUUCUACAAAUAUGUGUAUACCCACAACUUUAAAAGAAGUACAACAAAAGUUUUUGGAUUUAUUAUCUGCUGUUAUACACGAUUCAGUUAACUUUGACUUGCUAUAUGAUACAAAUUACUCUUUCAAUGUAUCUGAUGUAUUAGACGAUAAUCGGUCAGGUUCUUUAUUCGGUUUACUGUUUAGUGGCGGUCUAGACUCAUCUGUUAUCGCAGCAUUACUUGACAGGUCUGUCAGUUACACAUCACUUUUUCAUGUGGUAUGUUUUUUCUCCCUAAAUGGGAAUUCAUUUUCAAAUUUGAAAAAUUGCUAGUAUUUGUUGCCACGACAAUCCUUAUAGUUUACAUAAAGUGAAAUAAUUAAGAACUAUUAGUGUAAAAAAUUAAAUAACGAAACAGCUACAUCAUAUAAGAACCUGAAACUGUUAGUGUUACUCCACUCAAUCAUUUCUAAUUCAAUUGGCGCAGCAGGAUAUUGUUUACAUUUUCGCUCACAAAUCCGUCGACAUUGAGUGAAUUUCACAAGGUUUUAGGUUGUAAACAUAUUAAGCAAACUUAUAUUCAACCUCUUCAACUAUCGAAUUAAAGGCUUGAACCCUGCUUUACUGAAUUCGGAUUCGUUAACUGGAUAGUAUCACUAUUCCUCAUAUAAUAGUGUGACCCAGAGCUAAUUAUAGAAACUUAUACUUGGUUAUUAAAUCUGUAGAUAAUUUGUGUGUGCAAAGUCAUUGUGAUUCAUAAAUUUUGAGAGUAAACGAGAUGCCACUGAUUAAUAAAGAUAUUACUGGGUUGUAUAAGUAUUAUCCCAAGUUUUGUUGUUAAUUUUUCAUUUUAAUGAAAGUGAUAUGAAGACAAACCAGCGUAACGAAUUUUUCUUUUGACGAUCUCAUCUACUGAAGCCUUACGAUAAUAUUUUUGGCGAUCUAAUAAAUAUAUUAAUCUAUUGGAAAAUAGAUUAUCUUAUUUUGUGCGAAACUUGACCUACCACAAAAAUGGUUCAAAGGUCAAAGUACAAGAGUAGAAUUUAAAAAAAUUACGGGUCAGGAAGAAAUGUGUGAUGGUUGUUCACUUGACAAGUGUGAGAAAGAAAUAAAGUGCGUGGUGAUAAUAGCGGCUGAAUAGUGGUUACAAAAAUUUGCGAGAACUAUGAGAACUAACUAAUUUGUAAAACGAAACAAGAGAAAAAGAUGGAAUAGAUGCUAGGGGUGUAGUAAAAUAAGAGAUUACACUUGAUUGUUUUGGACAGAGAUUUUGUAAAGCCUCUAGGUUGGGCACAUUUUUAGUUCGUACUCCCUUAGAGCUUAUUCACUUGACUAUGUAAAUAAUUUUGAAAUGUAAUUCUAGUGGGACGUGAUCAGAAUUUGUUAAGUGAUGAGAGAUAUAGUCAUACAGUUUCAGGAAAUGAUGUCGUCAGGAAGAAGUUUCCUUCACUGAAUUAUCUUUAUCUCAGAUUUUUAAUUUUACUACUGAUUUACUUGUUUAAUGAUGCUGAGUUCUUACAAAACGUAACAUCCUAAAAUCAUCUUAAUUUACUAGUAUUUGGACUCUUGAUUGUUUUGGAAAUGUAGCCUUCUCAACGUAUCAUUAGUGUAACGAAAUCUUAAUUAAAUAUACUAAUACUAGCAGGCUAUGCUGUGGUGUUAAUUCUAACGCAAACAGUUGAAAAUACACUUUAUCUUACUAUGAAGUAAGAUACGGUAACUUGAACCUAUAUACACAUGUCUUAAGCUCUACGUUGUAUAUUACUGACUAACUGAAGAUACAGACUUCGAAUUCUGGAAAUGCUUGUGGUUAUAUUCCCGAUAUGCUCCUUCUGAAUUUAAACUGUAAAUCGUGUACAGGCUACCUAUAGCUACCCAUUUAGACUAUUAGUUCUCUUCUUUCAUUUCUUUACUGCACUGAUACAGAUAUUGAGUAAACUCAGAUCUUUGAUAAUGGAAAGACACACCAUUUACUCGUCAAUUAAUUUCAGUGAUCAUUUUGCAAAGCCUUACGUUCGAUGAAAUCAGACUAACUUUCACAAACACGUAAGUGUUUUAUCUGUACCACGGGCUUAUUAAUUUGUGCUAUCGAAUUUAGCAACUUGUUGUUAGUCAUUGUAGAUAAUUGUUUGGGCAUCUGAAACUUUUUAUGAUUAAUUAUUUGGUUAUCAUGUUUCAGCGUAUUAGGUUAUUUUCUGCAAACAAGUGUACUCUGCAUGUUGUUAUUCCCCUGUAGAUUUGUUCCUGAUGACCAGUCCAUCGAUCUGAUUAAUGUCGCUUUCCAAAGGAGAUGUACUGGUGUUUCUGUUAACAAUAGUGAUUGCUUGGACAAAGACUGUCUAAUUUCCGCCGAGGAGGCCCCUGACAGACAAACUGCCCUGAAAAGUUAUGAAGAGUUGUGCAAAUUAUCUGCCCGACGUAAAUGGAAUUUGAUAAAAAUUAAUGUAAAUGUCAGUGAGAUUUCAGAGGCCAGAGUUAAACAUGUAUGGCCAUUACUGCUUCCAGAACAUACAACUGUUUUAGAUGAUAGUCUAGGUUUAGCUCUUUGGUUUGCAGCCCGUGGAAAAGGUGUUUUACACAGUUCAAGUGAAUUCGAAGAGAAAUGCACUUCGUCAGCAAAGUUUCUGUUCCUCGGUUCUGGUAUAGAUGAACAAUUAGCUGGUUAUGCUCGUCAUCUAACAACAUAUAAGAAAUUCGGCCCAGAGGCACUACAAAACGAACUUUUAAAGGAAAUACUUUUUAUAUCUAAUCGUAACUUAGGAAGAGAUGAUCGAAUAAUUUCCGCUCAUGGACGAAUGCCGCGUUUACCUUAUCUUGACGAAAGAAUUGUGAAUUUUUUAGCUAAAAUUCCUUUGGAAUUUAAAAUAAAUCCAGAUCUGCCUAAAGGUCAAGGAGAGAAAUUUUUGUUACGUCAAGUUGCUUCAAUGUUGAAUUUGAAUUAUGCAUCUAAACAACCGAAACGUGCAAUGCAAUUCGGCAGUCGGGUGGCUAAAGCUGAAGGAUCUAAACGUUUGAUUGGAUCAGCUGACCAAAUAAAGUUCGCAUAUCAGUCUGAAUCACAUAAGUAGUUAUUACCAUCUAAUAAACUUUGUAUUAUGCAAUAGUACAACUAUCCUUAUUUUAUUACCCUGAUACAUAAAUACAUUACUUUUUAAAAAUAAAAAUACAACAAUUGAAAAAGUUCGAUUAUUUUCGUAUUUCUGGAAAUAAAAUCAGCGAUUAUCUAUUGAUAAUUUGUUUAUUUAAUCACAUAAACAUUGGUACAAGGAAACACCAAAUAUAUAUGCACCACACUUCGUCAUUCGAUCUGUAUGAAGACUGGAAUACUGCGCGGGUGCCCAAAACGAAACAGGUGGUUUUCUUAGGGAGCCACAUCCUGAGCCUUUGACCUACAAGUCUAACCCACAAGUCAGUGGAGAAACGUCAGGAGACACAGUCCCAUGAUAACCAGUGAUCAACAAUAGGUUCAUACGCCAUUUGUUCCUUCAGGAUCCUGAAGCCGAUGUACACCAUUGGUUUAGAAUCAGAGUUUUGCAACUGCUAUGUUCACCAACCCGGUUAGAGCUCCGGACAUUCGUUUUUCGUCCUCUCAAUUUCGUAAACAACAUCUCCACAACGAGGAGACAGUGAAUAGGACUUACUUGGCAAUGGCUGUAUUGAUAAUAUGGUUAUUUUUAUGCCAAGUAAAGUGUCAAUUAAUAUUUUGACCAUUUCCUUUUCUGUUUACAACAGGAUUUUAAUUUUUAAACUGUUAUCAUGAAUUAAUAUUGUUUAAGGUAGGUUCAAUUCGCCCAAAGAUAAUUGAAAAAUAGUAAUUGACGGUCGUGUUUACCUUUUCGAUCUGUACAACUGAAAUCACAAUAUUUUCUUAAUCAGACUUUAAAUCAUUGUCUAUGCAAAUGAUAACUGACUUCGAAAUUUUUUCAUCUUAAUUUUCCACUUCAAUCAAGCCAGUUGUAUUAGGUUAUUACAUACCUUCAUUAUUGUACUUCGUUCCUGAUAUUCAGUUACUGAUUUCCAAGUAUUAAUUUUGGGGCGAAGUUAUAAGAUGCUUAAUUUUCAAACCAUUGUUCUAAUUGGUUUUCGCUUCAUUUUAAAGUGAGCAUACAUUUUAGGAGAAAAAUGCUUCAGAUCCACUGUUACAUUGAAAGAGGAGCACAUUAAUUUUAAGCCCAAUUUUACCAUCAGUCUCUAUGCUUCACAGCAUCCUUUUUUGUGAACUUAUUUCUUCACUUGUCCACAAGUUAUCUUGGUACCUGUGCGGUUACGCCGCAGGAUCGUAUUGUACUGUUCAUAUGGUAAUGUAAAAACCUUAAAGGUAUCUGGUUCUUCUGAAAAUCAAUGCAAAGUUACCCUCCUCUAGGCGAUAUUUAUUUACAAUUGUGUGUGACUGUUUUUCACGUUCAUUUCCCCACUGUUAUCGUAAACUGACUUAUGCUACAGAUUAAUAGAAGAUUGGGAAUGCAACUCGAUAAUCAAUUGAUGAUUUGGUUAUUAUGAAACAAGUUAUAACUGGUUAUUAACAAAAAAAAAUACAAUUCAUAAAACACAAUAUCAAUUUAAUGCUCCCUACUAUUAGGGAUAUUGGUUUAGUGCGAAUUUUAUCUUUAAAUUACCUUGUUUCCUACA